UUAAUUUUUGCGAAACGGAUCGUUUGUUUUAAUGAUUCGAUUCAUUUUGAGUCAUUUUAAAAUAUUCCCAGCAGCGUCCGCGAGGCAUGUCAUGUUAUAUUUUAUUAUUAUAAUAGGCUAUUGUUGCUUCUCGUCGUGUUUUUUAUUCCAAAACGCAUCCAACCUGAAGUAAAUCCUUACUGCUGAAUAAUUCAUAGGCUAUAACUGGUCUGUGAAUCUAUAAACCAGUUGAACCGGUUCAAAAGAACCGAGUCUCGUAUGAAUCACUUCAGUACUUACACUCAGCGCGCGCACAUAAAUUUCCCAGACUGACGGGAGGAGCUUUGGAUUAUAAUACACAUUUUUAUUCGAAUCCACUCGGUUUAACGGAUGAUAAAACAAAGAUGGAUAUAUCGAGGGCGCAUUGGAUUUUAAAUCCACAGGUUAUUUUGAAAUAAAUAUUUAAUGGCUUGGAAAUGGAGAUAGCUUUGGUGAGUUUUGACAAGAAAGGGGAUGGAGGCAGUGAUGGAGAAAACUACCAAAACCAAAAUUCACUGGAUUAUCCACGGUCAAUGGUCCAAACGGAACUCAACAACGACAUGUACGCGCGACAGAGCUUGUGGAAAAUUAACGACAUGAACAACACGACGGGGUCCAGUGAGAACACAGUGGAUUAUUAUAGUCCCCAUCUGUUUGACGAGGACCUCCUCAACGUGGACAUUGACCAUGAGAGCAACGAACGGGUUCUCAUCAACAUCGCCGGACUGAGGUUCGAGACCCAAUUGGGCACCCUCAACCAGUUUCCCGACACUUUACUCGGAGAUCCCGAGAAGAGAAUCAAGUAUUUCGACCCCCUCAGGAACGAGUAUUUCUUUGAUCGCAACCGACCCAGUUUUGACGGGAUACUUUAUUUCUAUCAGUCCGGAGGAAAGAUCCGUCGACCCGUUAACGUGUCGAUCGACGUGUUCGCGGACGAGAUCCGAUUUUAUCAGCUCGGAGAAGAAGCGAUGGAUCGUUUCCGCGAGGACGAGGGUUAUAUCAAAGAGGAGGACAAACCUUUGCCUCAAAACGAGUUUCAGAAACAAGUCUGGCUGAUUUUCGAGUACCCCGAAAGCUCGAGUCCCGCUCGGGGGAUCGCCAUAGUGUCCGUGAUCGUCAUCACCAUAUCCAUCAUCACCUUCUGUCUGGAAACUUUGCCGGAGUUUCGCGACGAGCGCGAGUUGGCGGUGUCGAGUCGGGCAAUCAAUGGCACGCAGGAGCGCCCGUCGCUCACUUUCAGCGACCCGUUUUUCAUCAUCGAGACCACCUGCGUGAUCUGGUUUACCUUUGAACUUUUCGUGCGGUUCUUCGCGUGCCCCAGCAAAUCCGAGUUUUCCAAGACGGUCAUGAACAUCAUCGACAUCAUGUCCAUCAUGCCCUACUUCAUCACGCUGGGCACGGAGCUGGUGGAGCAGCAGGGUCAAGAGCACAACAACGGGCAGCAAGCCAUGUCUUUGGCCAUCCUGAGGGUCAUUCGCUUGGUGCGGGUGUUCCGCAUCUUUAAGCUCUCCAGACACUCCAAGGGUCUCCAGAUCCUGGGUCAGACUCUGAAGGCUAGCAUGCGAGAGCUCGGUCUCUUGAUCUUCUUUCUCUUCAUCGGGGUCAUCUUGUUUUCGAGCGCCGUCUACUUCGCCGAGGCCGACGAACCCGAGUCUCACUUCUCCAGCAUCCCCGAUGCCUUCUGGUGGGCGGUGGUGACCAUGACGACCGUCGGCUACGGAGACAUGCGGCCGAUUACCGUGGGGGGCAAAAUCGUGGGCUCACUUUGCGCCAUCGCCGGGGUUUUGACCAUCGCGCUACCGGUGCCCGUUAUCGUUUCCAACUUUAACUAUUUCUAUCACAGGGAAACUGACCAGGAUCAGGCGUCUCUCAGGGACGAGCCUAGCGGCGCUCCCGCGGACAACGAACUUCAGACGCUGAGGAAAUCAUCUAUGAGCUCAAAAGAUGGAGUACGCAACGAGGACGCAAACACGCCCAUGGAGAAGGCGAACAUUAAAGCCAACAGCAGAAUGGAUAUUAAACGCUCAAUUUACUCGUUUUGCUUGGAUACCAGAGAAACAGACCUGUAGUUCACUGUCAGUGAAGUUCAAAGACUUUAAUAUGCAUGCGCAACCAGAAGAUCAUCGCGCCGCUACAAUCCUAGAAAGUUGCGGUUAUUUUUCUAAAGCGCAUUUUAAUCCCUUGAUCUCUUAAGAAUCAGCUGCUUUUACAAACCAUACCGUGUCACGUUUUACUAUUCAGAAUUGGAAACAUUAUUCAUAAUAAUAUUUUUAAAUUACAAUAUGAAAAGUAGCCUAUAUAAAAAAGUAUUCGCUUUAGCCCUUGUGUAGUAAGCGCAGAAAAGCCAAACUGAUGUUUUCUGCUUGGUACAGUAUACUAGUUCAAAACCAUGUUCGUGUUUCCAUGAUCUAAUUUUUUGUUGUUAAACAUUUAGGAUCUCAAUCAAUAACACUUGAUGUUGGUCUAGAUAGAACAUCGUUUAUGUGAGUUGUCAGUGACUGUCACUUCAUUCAUAGCAACUCUUAUUCACUUCAUUGAUUGAUGAAUCUAAUUGGUGCAUGAAAAGUAGGACAUUUCAAGAGGACUUCAAGAGGAUCUCAAAGGCUGAAGUGUGUGAAGAUUGGAUUGGAUGGAGAUACCACAACAAAUGACCAAACCAGAGCAGACUUCAUCCACUCAGUCUCAGCAGUGAAAACUGGGGCAGACCGAGGAAUAAACGGAUGAAAUCACAACCAGUGAAGCAGAAUUUGACCACGAUUGUCUCAUGAGAGAGAGAGAGAGAGAGAGAGAGAGAGAGAACAAGUCACACAACAGCUAUUUGACAGAUAUCAGAUGAAGAGUCGUGUCCAUGACAAAUUCACAUCUGCAGAAACAUGUGCCUUCACUUGAACCACAUCAAUCAUUUUCAACACGUCUGGGACCAAAUUGUGAGAUUCUGAAAGCCACCUUUACAGAUUAAACGAACAACGUUUAAAGCCAUGGAGACUAGAAGAUUAAUGAAUGGAUCGAGAGUUUGUACCUGUAUUUAUUCCCAUUCUGUGCAAUAUUUGUCUGUUUAAGAGUGAAGUUUGUGUAGAUUUUGGAGAAUUUAAGUUGGCUUAUUUUUGUAAAGUUUUCCCUGAUGUCUAUUUUUCUAAAUUAAGAGUUCACUCAUGAGAUAAAAUAGUGUUAGGUAAAGAAAUGCAUCUUUUUUUUAAACAGAUGAUAAAGCCAUAUACCUCGCACCUACUGUACAGUAUAACAAUGAUGUUUAAAAUGAUGUUUGCUCAAAUUGUUUUGUGUCAUUGUGUGAUCUGUGAUUAUAUUUUUGCUCUGUAUUUAAAUCAUUCUAGAUUUUUCAGUACAUUUGAUGUCUGCACUGUAAAACAAUUUGCUGUAGUUAUGCAGCUGUUUGGCAGUAACUUACCGUAGAUUUAACUUUGAUAUAUAUACUGGCAACAGUUCGUUCAAAGUUAAAUGAACAUUAAACAUUAACAAG